AUGUCGAAAAAUAAUAGUGAAGAAAACAAGGAAAACAAGAAAAUCGGAAAAGAGAAACAAAUCAGAUCGACAGCAAAACCGUCGAAAAAUGUGUCAGUUAUGGAGGAGAUUCCGAAGAAAUUGCCAACUUCGGAACCAGAUAAGAAGGGCCUCACCUCGAAGUUUAAGUUCAAGAAAAAGGCAAUCCGAGACCAAGUCACUUCCGAACAAGUCUCUGAAACUAUGGAUGUUACUGAAGUCACAGAUGAAGAUAAAACCGAUAGCGUCGCUCUUCCACCUACCGUCACAACUUCUGUAAUCCUAGAACCGUACCUUCAAACGCCUACCGUACCCCAAGGAAAGCCACCACCAACUCACUUCGUGCCAGUGACAAUACGUUUGGACAGAGACAGUUGGCCAAAACUUAACGAUUCCCUCGAAGUCAAUCAAAACAUGGUGAUCAUCAGCGUUAAAACUCAACUCAUGUCCGAAUUCAUGUCAGGAGACUUGAUAUCCGAUGUCAAUGGGGUGAUGAUGUGGGAUCUAGAAGAUUGGAAGAAUCUGAUAGAAACUACAAGUGCCGGUACUGAUGAUUUCGCGGUCACGGUAAUUCGUGUCUGGAAUAUCAGGUGUUGGCCAAGAGGAUUGGUCGAUAACUCGGUUAAACCGCUGGAAGAAGCCCGUCAGAAUUUCAUGGUGACAAUGUAUUCUGACAGUGGAACAGGAGGCUUGAAGAUGGGAGGGACUGCGAAACAUAUCACUGUUCAGCAAGUUCGAGCCAACACUCCUGUCAGCUCAGUUCUCAUCGCUGGAGAUGAAAUCCAUGGGAUCAAUGGGGAGUUUCUCACUGGAAUCAGCAAGAUUCUUAUGAUCAAACAAGCUUAUAAACUGAUCAAGAUGAGUAUAGCUUCCAAGGGAUCUGUGGAAAUACUGGCCAGUCGCCGUAUCGCUGCACGCACAUCCCCUGCUCCCAGUCUCGAGAGGGAGCUUGGUGAGACUUUCCCGGAUUACACACUCAGUGCGAAAAAGAUGAAGAAGCAAGCGGCACCAGAUGUUGUUCUGAAUCUACCGAUUGCAGCAGAUGCACUGGAGAUAGCGUUGAGAGAGUUGACUUUUUUGAAGCAAUGGGUUAAGCCGGAGGUUGAAGAGAUUCCUUACGACAAACCCGAUCCAAUCUACGACGAGACUUCCUACACUCCAUCAGAACAACUGACAGAUUCCAAGUCACCUGUAUCGGAGACUCCCACCGCUAACACUCCAGCUGGUCCAACUCCCCGAGAUUCUAUAAUGAUGGCUCCUCCAGUGGACACCUCCGUUUCAACUCCUGUUACCAAAUCGUCGAUAUCUGUAAUUCCGAAGCCUUCAAAUGUUUCAAAUGCCAAAACGACGAAAGAAGCAUCCGACAAAACCGUCAUGGCUCCACCUAAAUCUUUCGGCGCGGAUGGAUCAGCAAAAGAUGGAACAUCGAUAGAAGAGUUACCUGAAAGUGAUAACGUUGGGGGAGAACUUCGACUCGAUGGUGGAAUAAAACACACUAGUAUCACAUCGGAUAUUGGAGAGGAAGCUGACCUGAAAGACUGUAAUGAGAAAUCGAAAUUCGUGUCGUUCUUCAAAGGGAAAUGGCCUGGAGUGAAACCGUCGUCGAAUACUCCAAGUAGUGAAACUCCUCCUUCAAAGAAGAAGAAUGAAUGA